UCCCCAGCUUCUGGGAUGACGCUGUGGCUAAGCUCUGGUGUAUGGGUGCCAGUGAUCUCGUCACUGAAGAUGACAACCCUUAUAUUCAUAGACAAAGAGAAUGAAGGAGAUGUUGGUGCUGCUUCUAAGAAUCGGCUAAGGUUGUCCUCAGUCUCUUCAAAAGUCUUAUCUGAAAGAUCACAGACCCAGACUCCACUUGUUGGAAGAACAGUUAAUGCAACUCCAGCCAGGUCUCAGUCUGUCAGAAAGGCUCUGGGAAAUGUAAACAGAACUUUGGGAACUACAAACAAGAAGGAAAUUCAAAAACAGAAAAAACAGGCUUUGCCUGCCACGAAAAUUACUGGAAAGACAACUCAAGUGGAAAGCUGCAAUGUGGCCGCGGAAGAAGCCUAUCCAGAAAUUGAAAACUUCUUUCCCUACAAUCCUCUUGACUUUGAGAGUUUUGACGUUCCUGAAGAACACAGACUAAGCCACAUGUCCCUGACUGGGGUUCCUCUGUUGAUACUUGACAAAAAUAUACCUGACAGAUGUAUAAACAUGGUCCCUUCACCUGUGAAGCUGUCUCACAUUUCAUGGGAAUGUGAAUUGCUACAAUCAACUGCCAAUUUUCUCUCUACCUUGGAUGAAAUCAUUGACUUGCCACCUUUGUCAUGACUCUAAAAGUGAAUUUGGAAGCUUUUUUUAUUGAGCACUGAACAGCUUGAAUCUUUUUUAUAUCCCUUAAUAAUAAAGAACUAGACUAACUUGCAUAA